UCUGCACUCCAGCAAACGGGAUUAGCUGACAACACAGUGCAAUAGCAGCUUCCCGACAUGACUGUCCGGAAUGAGUAACCGAGCGAGGAAAGUGAGUGGGGAAACAAGCCGGAGAUUUGUUUUGAGGAUGUUCUUCCCAGAUGCGCGUUGCACACGCUUGGAUGGGAUCUGCCUGAGAGUGAUGGGUCUACUUUGGCUCAGCAGCUUUGCCAAAACCUCUUCGGACUUUUCUGGUUACAUGUCAAAGGUAUUGCGGAAUUACACAGAGCAUGCCUGUGAUGGCGAGUAUAUCUCACUGCGGUGCCCUCAUAGAACAACCAUCAGUAUCCAGUCUUCAUUUUAUGGUAGAAAAGCACCAAGUCACCAGAUGUGCCCCUCUCGCUACCCACAGACCUUCACAGAGCUUGAAGUGGAAGACCUGUCCUGUUCAGCUAUCACAUCCUUGCAGAAAAUGUUGGACGAAUGCCAGGAUAGAAGGAGUUGUCAGCUUCUUGUCAACAGUCGAAUAUUUGGGACAGACCCUUGUCCUGGAACCAGCAAAUAUCUUGUUGUGUGGUAUAAAUGUCGACCAAAUGAAUACAAGAGUAAAGUGGCCUGUGAAGAUGACAAGCUCCGACUGAACUGUAAACGGAGUAUGGUGAUAGCCAUCUACUCCACUAUCUUUGGCCGGUCACAAGAAGGCAGCUUGGAGUGUCCAUACAAGAAUAUUGGAGUCCCAGCGAUUGAGUGCCGGUCAACCUUAGCUUUACAGAUCCUGGCCAAACGGUGCCACGGCAAGAGAACCUGCAGUGUCUACGCCAGUUCCUAUGAGUUUGGUGACCCCUGUUAUCCAGGUGUUCGCAAAUUCCUCAAUGUCAUCUACACUUGCGUGCCAAAGAAACUGCUGGAUGAAACCAACCCCAAGCCAACUCACUAUCAAGGGUUCCACCACCCAAAUCUUCCCCUUCACCCCAGAGCUCACGACCCUAACAUUAUCAGGGAUGGUGUCUUCUCCCAUGAUGUGCUGCCUUUUAUAACUGAAACGUCUUUGCCAGAAGAAAAGAAGAAAGGAAGAUCUCCUUCCAGUUACCCAAUGGACACUAAGCCCCUGCCACCACCAGUGGAUGAGACAGAUGUGCGACUUCUGGAUCGUACCAUGGAGACGAGAGGCAUUCAGACUGAGAUGGAGUUACUCAGCAACAUACUGGCAGCUUAUUCUUAUAUCACAGAAAAUCCUGAGAGAUCUGCUUUAUAUUUUGUGUCUGGGGUGUGCAUUGGUCUCAUUAUAACACUCUGUGCCCUGGUAGUGAGGAUAUCUUGCCGGACUGAAUUGAGGAAGCCGGCUGCCAAACACCCCGCUGAAGAGGACAGUGAUGAGGACGACAGCGAUGACGAUAACUCGGAUGCCACCUCCGAUCUCUCGGCCAGGCGGCACCGACGCUUUGAGAGAACUUUAAAUAUGAACGUCUUUACUUCGGCAGAAGAGCUGGAAAGGGCACAGAGACUGGAAGAGAGGGAGCGAAUAAUCCGGGAAAUCUGGAUGAACGGACAACCUGAUAUUCCUGCUACGAGGAGUUUGAAUCGCUAUUACUAAGCAGCCCAGCAGUAUUGACGUGGGAAUGGCAGAGAAGAGCUGGCAAUGCUAAUAGCACUCAGUGACUGCACUCGACUGGAACCAAUAAUGCCUUCAACUCUCAGUGCAUCUUCAGAACUGUUUUACCUACAAUUCACUAAAGUGGAGUAAAGAGCCUUAAUUUCACUAUAAAUAUGAAAAACACUUCUCAAGGAUACUCAAGCUAAUUUGUUCUCAUUAACUGGAGAAUAUAUUGUACUGGUAUUAAGUCAUCCACUGAAUCUUUUCAGCCUUAAGACAUCCGGGGAUUUAUCUUAUUUAACAGAUUUAUAGAUCUAUUUUUCAGUGGCAAGGUCGAACUGGUGCCUCAGGGAUGAAAUCCUGUUAUUUUAUUUUGUAAAAUUUUAAGGAUGAAUUAACACAUUGUGCAGGAUGUUAUCACUGGUUACAAAAUGUUGGGGGUAAAAACCUCAAAGAGGUUAAAUAGUGAUUGACACUGACCUACACAUGAAUGUGCCUUUGGCUUUCUAACUUGAUGACUGCUGAUAAUUGGAAAGUGACGCACAUGCCUUUUUUCUUACUGCGUUGAAGAAGCUUUACGAUUGCAAAAAUAGGAUGUAUGAAUGUAAUGUACAAAAAGACUGGUUGAACAAGACCAAACACACAUUUUUCUUUAGCUAGAAAAAAUUCGAAAACUCUAACUCUGAAUGUUACUAUUCUUCUUGGAUCUCAUCUCAGAGAUCAUUGGGAAUUAUUGCAGAUACAUAAGAGUGACACACACUAUGCUUUACAAUGGUUCAGGCUAUUUGGGGCCUUAAAUUAUCAGGAAUCCCUUGCAGAUAUCAGCAUAACACUGUGGGACUGUGAAUCUUGCAACUGUUCAAACGUAGACAUUUUCAAUUGUUGAUGCUAUUGUUUUAGUGGGAGGGGAAGAGCUGAAUGAGCAGUCAUGCAAUGAAAAAACUACAUGUGGUGAGAAUUAAUCUGCAACUGUUACAUAACUGACCUUGCACUGGCAAGAAAAUCCAGAAAAUCUCACUGAUAUAACUCUUCCUUUAGACAUUCUAUUAAAGCUUUGUGAUGGGUUAACCAGGUUUAUAUAUAUUAAUAAACUGAUGCCACAAAACCACGACAAAAAAUCUUUGAUAUUUUACUGUGUAAAAUUCUUUUGUAAUGUUNAAAAAAAGAGGAAACUAUUAAAGUUUUAAAUAUACAA